AUGAAAUGGCUGAUCUAUAGACUUUUUUUCCUUUCUAAGGAGUGGGAAAAGAAAUACAUUCAUCCUGGCUACUUCGAUUUCUUAAACGCGUCCAAAGAAGCGUUCGAGGAGCCCUGCCGAGAUGUCUUCUGGUUUCCCUUUCUGUCGGAGCGCUUCUGCAAAGAAAUGAUCGAGGAAUUGGAACAUUUUGGCCAGUGGUCAAACGGUAGCCCACACGACCCACGUCUGGACGGCGGCUACGAGAAUGUGCCCACGAUUGACAUCCACAUGCGUCAAAUUGACUGGGAGGAACACUGGAUACACCUUAUGCAAACUUAUAUACAUCCUCUUCAGCCAAGUCUCUAUGAGGGGUACACUGACAUGCCGACAGCGAGAAUGAACUUUGUAGUACGCUACAAGCCGGACGAACAACCCUUACUUCGACCUCACCAUGACGCCUCGACCUAUACUCUGAAUAUUGCUCUGAACAAGCCUGGACUCGACUAUAAGGUAAAUACUUCUCCUGUCUUUUCGCCAGCUGCAAGAUAUGUGUAUUGA